CAUCCGCCCGUCGCGUUCACGAUCGCGUCCGAAUCGCCGAUAAGACAUCGAAAGCACGAAGCUACGAAUCACCAGGCGCGGCACUUCCACAGAGAUUUCCUCGAAGGCGCGUGUUCUGCGCUGCGCGUACCUCGCCACGCCACCUGGUGACGGCUACCCCAUCGGGGGAAUCGAAAGGUAAGCGCAGCGGCGCGCUUUUGUCGUUUGAGAGCGGAGACAAUCGAGGCGGGUUGGCAGCUGCGGCGGGCAGGUGGUUAGAAGAGACUCAGUCAAAAUGUCGUACGCGGACGGAGAUGCCAUGAUGGCGAUGGCGGAGGAUGGCGAAGAGACGUAUGAUGCGAACGCCAUCACGGCAGAGGACUGUUGGUCCGUGAUUCAUUCGUUCUUCGAUGCGAAAGGCCUGGUAUCGCAGCAAUUGGACUCUUUCGAUGAAUUCGCAAUGUCCACGAUGCAGGAAAUCGUGUCCGAGACACCGAACAUUGUCAUCGAUCAGAACAUUCCGGGGGAGGAACACGAUGAGAGCAACAUGCCUAUCGUGAAGCGGCGGUACAUUAUCGAGCUUGGCAUGUUGUCCAUCGCGCCAGCAUCCAUGACAGAAGGCGACGGCACAACGCGAAAACUGUUCCCCCACGAGGCGCGACUGCGAAAUCUGACUUACGCCGCUCCGGUUUUCGUCGAUAUGACAAAGAAGAUGCAAGUCUGUCGCGAGCGAUCUCUAGGCGGCCGACUGAGCGAAGAUGGCACAACGUGGUUAGACUCUCCGGACUGGGAUGGCGUAACGACAGAGAAUGCUUGGGAGGACGACUUGGAGAACCCGCCCGAGUUCAAGCCACAGGUUUUCGUCGGCAAGUUGCCUGUGAUGCUGAAGUCAAAGAUGUGUGGUUUGCGGAAUCGUAGCGAGGCGGAACUUUAUGCUCUGCAGGAGUGUCCUUUCGAUCAAGGAGGCUACUUUAUCAUCAACGGCUCGGAAAAAGUGUUGAUUGCACAAGAGCGCAGUGCGGCCAACAUCGUUCAGGUCUUCAAGAAGAAGGGUACAAACACUCCAGUCACUGCUGAGCUGCGAAGUGCUACCGAAAAGGGCACACGUUUGAUCAGUUCAGUGUCGGUGAAGCUGUACAAUCAAUCCGCACAUUCGGCAGUAUCAGGCAAGACGAUCAAGAUGACGCUACCACUGAUCAAGACUGAGAUCCCGAUUGGCAUCGUUUUCCGCGCUCUCGGUAUCGUUUCUGACGAGGAUAUCCUUAACCACAUUGUGGACAAGAACGAUACUCAGAUGUUGGAAAUGCUUAAGCCAUGCUUAGAAGAAGCUUUUGUUAUCCAAGAACGUGAUGUCGCUCUCGACUUCAUUGGUCGUCGUGGCCAGCAACAAGGCACGAAGGACAAGCGAAUACGAUACGCGAAAGACAUUAUGCAGAAGGAGUUCCUCCCGCACAUCUCUCAAGAGGAGGGUAGCGAGACGAAGAAAGCGUUCUUCCUUGGCUACAUGGUCAAUCGAAUGCUCCAGUGCGCACUCGGCCGCACAGAAGAGGACGACCGUGACCACUUCGGCAAGAAGCGCCUUGAUCUGGCAGGUCCGCUCAUGGCGCAAGUGUUCCGCCUGAAGUUCCAACAGCUCGUCAAAGAAAUGAAGCAGUAUCUCCACCGUUGUGUCGAGAUGAAUCGAGAAUUCAACAUCACACUGGCAGUCAAAACCAACAUCCUGACGUCUGGGUUACGAUACUGUCUUGCGACUGGAAACUGGGGAGACCAGAAGAAAGCUUCUUCCUCCAAGGCUGGUGUCAGUCAGGUGCUUAAUCGAUACACAUAUGCCUCUACGCUCAGCCACUUGCGGAGAACGAACACCCCGAUCGGUCGUGACGGCAAGAUCGCAAAGCCUCGCCAGCUGCACAAUACGCAUUGGGGACUUGUAUGCCCUGCAGAGACUCCUGAAGGACAGGCUUGUGGUUUGGUCAAGAAUUUAUCUCUCAUGUGCUACGUUUCUGUGGGGACUCCUGGCGCACCACUCAUCGAUUUCAUGCGACAGCGUGGUAUGGAUUUACUCGAAGAAUAUGAUCCGGUGAUGAACCCACGAGCAACGAAGAUUAUGCUCAACGGAACAUGGGUCGGCGUGCAUCGCAACGCAGGACAGCUUGCAGACACCCUGCGAGCAUUGAGGCGCAAGGGUCUCCUGAGUUUCGAGGUCACGAUCAUUCGCGAUGUCCGAGAGCGCGAGAUCAGAAUUUUCACCGACGCAGGGCGUGUCUGUCGCCCGCUCUUCGUCGUUGACAACGACCCCAAGAGUCUCAACCGAGGAAGCCUCGUACUAAAGCAAGAGCAGCUCGAGAAACUGGCGCUCGACCAAGAGAUUCUCGCAAAUCUGGAGGGCGUCAGUGAAGAAGAGCGCGAUAAUUCUAUCUUUGGUUGGAAGGGUCUUGUGGACGCAGGCGUGGUCGAGUACCUUGAUGCAGAGGAGGAAGAGACUGCAAUGAUUAUCAUGACGCCUGACGAUCUCGAAGAGCACAAGAACAUGCGCAACGGAAUACAAUGGGAGGAGGCCAGAGACGAUCCACAUCGACGUAUCAAGCCCAAGCCAAACGCUUCUGUGCGGAUGUGGACGCACUGUGAGAUUCACCCGGCCAUGAUUCUGGGCAUCUGUGCCAGUAUCAUUCCUUUCCCUGAUCACAACCAGUCGCCCAGAAACACAUAUCAAUCUGCCAUGGGCAAGCAAGCCAUGGGUGUAACGCUCACCAACUACAAUGUACGCAUGGACACGAUGGCCAAUGUGCUAUAUUACCCACAGAAGCCAUUGGCGACGACCAGAAGCAUGGAGUUCCUGCGCUUCCGAGAUCUGCCUGCAGGUCAGAACGCUAUCGUUGCCAUCGCUUGCUAUUCGGGUUACAACCAGGAAGAUUCCGUCAUCAUGAAUCAGAGCAGCAUUGACCGUGGCCUAUUCCGGUCGCUUUUCUUCCGUGCAUACAUGGACCAGGAGAAGCGUGUGGGUAUGGCUGUGGUCGAGGCGUUUGAGAAGCCCACGCGCGCCGACACCAUGCGCAUGAAGCAGGGCUCGUAUGACAAGCUUGACGAGGAUGGAAUCGUGGCACCCGGCGCUCGUGUAUCAGGAGAUGAUAUCAUUAUCGGCAAGACUGCGCCUAUGCCUCCGGACGCAGAAGAGCUGGGUCAGCGAACAAAGCUACACGUCAAGCGCGACGUCAGUACACCUCUGCGUUCUACUGAGAACGGUCUCGUGGAUCAAGUGCUCAUCACGACGAACACCGAAGGUCUGCGCUUCGUCAAGGUGAGGACGAGAGUGACAAAGGUCCCACAAAUUGGUGAUAAGUUUGCUUCCCGUCACGGACAGAAGGGUACAAUUGGUAUCACUUACCGACAGGAGGACAUGCCGUUCAGCGCGGACGGUCUCACGCCCGACAUCAUCAUCAACCCCCACGCUAUUCCCAGUCGUAUGACCAUUGCUCACUUGAUCGAGUGUUUGCUUUCCAAGGUUGGCGCCUUGCAAGGUCAGGAAGGUGACGCCACGCCCUUCACAGAUGUUACAGUCUCGUCUGUCUCGGCAAUCCUGGCUUCGCACGGCUUCCAGCAGCGUGGAUUCGAAGUCAUGUACAAUGGACACACAGGCAAGAAGCUGAACGCGCAGGUCUUCCUUGGCCCUACUUACUACCAACGUCUGCGACACAUGGUGGACGACAAGAUUCAUGCCCGAGCACGUGGUCCACUGCAGAUUCUCACACGCCAGCCUGUGGAAGGUCGUGCUCGAGAUGGUGGACUUCGUUUCGGAGAGAUGGAACGCGAUUGUAUGAUUGCCCACGGUGCUUCGGCCUUCUUGAAGGAGCGUCUUCUCGACGUCUCAGACGCCUUCCGCGUCCACAUUUGCGAGAUUUGUGGUCUGAUGACACCGAUUGCCUCUAUCAAGAAGCAGCAGUUCGAAUGCCGCCCUUGCAAGAACAAAACCAAGAUUGCGCAGAUCAUCAUUCCAUACGCGGCUAAGCUCCUCUUCCAGGAGUUGGCAGCCAUGAAUGUGGCAACGCGCAUGUUCACGAAUCGCAGCGGCAUCAGCAUUCGAUAAAGCUCGAGAAAUUAUACUGGUACUACGAGAUCGGAUGUGGAUCAAGGGGUCGAAUAGAUUAUGGAAUUCAGAAAGUCAGCAUAAGCAGGAAAGAGCCUUUGGGUCGGCUCGCACGACAUAACAGAGGCAUUUAGUAGCGUUGUCGUUUCGCUUUGGAGUUCAGCAACUAGGGCGGCGCAAAAAACGGCGUGAGUGAUGCCAUAAAAAUGCCAAAGAACGAGAUCCUGGCUGAGAUCAGGUUUGUAAGAAUAGUGGUUGGAACGACCUAGACAAGAGUAACGAGUGAAGCCAAAGACGGAGAUCGUUUCAAACAACUAAAUGUUCUCGACAGUUCACCCUGGCCACUAGGCUGGGCAAAGAAGUAGCAC